GUGUCCUGGUUGAGCUCACACUGGCUGAAUGCGGCCUUGGCGGAACGUUCGCGUUGCGUGCCGCGAGAAGACUGCUCCACUACAGCCAGCUGCGUGAACUCAACGUGGAAAAAAACACGUUCUCAAUCUACUCGCUAAGGAACUUUGUAGAAGUCCUACAGGUUAACAAGACGCUAAAGGGGCUGGUGGUCAACAUGACUGCCGAGCACUCGGAGGAAGAUGUGUCUUCGCUGUUCGAAAUGAUCCGCCAGAUCAACGCUUUCCCCCGCCUGUGGUUUCAAUGGGUCUAUCCUAGGGCUUCGGAUUUUCCGAAGAGCACCCUCACAGGUCGUACGCCCUCAGUUUGCAUAAACCUGGACGGGUACGGAGAAGAGGAGGCGGCAGGGGCACUGCGCGCCAUUGCCAGCAAUCGCAACCUCGAUGUGGCCUCGAUUGAAUGCUGUACGAAGGCGGAGCCCGCCGUGCUUCAGAGACUGGCUGACUCCCUCGCAAGCACCAAGUCUCUUAAGAAAGUAUCGUUCAUUUCUCACGCGCCGAGCUGAGGGCACGCAUACUCUCAACACUGCAAGUAGCUCGAACGGUGGUACUUGCCGAAAGA